AUGAAGCUUACAAACCCAAAUGAUGUACCUGUGUACACCAUUUCGGGUGCUUCCACUGCACGCCCUCUACCUGACUGGCUUGCUCGCAAAAGAAAGCGUAGUUUGAAAAACGAUCCAGAAUAUGCCAACCGCGUCGAACUUUUACAGGACUUCGAAUUCGAAGAAGCUAGCUCUUGUAUAAGAGUUAGUGAGGAUGGGGAAUGGGUUAUGAGUACUGGCACAUAUAAACCGCAAAUUCAUACACAUUAUCUUCCUCAUUUAUCUCUUUCAUUCGCAAGACACACAACAACCCUUAAUCAUUCCUUCAUUCUCCUGUCUAGCGAUUACACAAAAUCACUUCAUCUACAGACCGAUCGUAGACUAGAAUUUCACACGCAGGGCGGAUGUCAUUAUCAAACUCGAUUACCUCGGUACGGGCGUGACCUUGUCUACGAUAGAGCGUCAACGGAAGCAUUAAUACCUGCAGUUGGUGUCAAUGCAGACGGUCUUGGAGAAGUAUAUCGAUUGAAUCUCGAAAUAGGACGUUACAUGAAACCAUACCAGAUAGACGUUGGCGGCGAUGACCUGACGACUUCCGGCGGCGGCGCUUUACAAGGAGGCAUAAAUACUGGAAGUGUCAAUUGUGCAUCUAUUGCCGAAGAAAGUCAUAAUCUCAUGGCUUUUGGGACAUCAAUUGGUACGGUGGAGUUUUGGGAUUCAAGAUCCAAAGCAAGAGUAGGAAUUCUCGCGGGUCAGCAAGGAGGAAUUACUGCGCUUGAUUUUGACAGAUCAGGAAUAUCAAUUGCGACAGGAUCCUCCGAAGGAAUAGUACAAUUGUAUGAUCUUCGACGACCUGUGCCAAUCUUGACCAAAGAUCAAGGAUAUGGUUAUGCGAUCAAGACUUUGAUGCACAUGACCACUUCUUCACAAGAGAAGAAAAUUUUAUCCGCAGAUAAACGAAUCAUCAAAUUGUGGGACGAAACAGAUGGAAAAGCCUGGACAUCGGUCGAACCAGCAGUGGACAUCAACUCAGUAGCAUGGUGCAAGAAUAGUGGCAUGCUCCUCACGGCCAACGAAGGAAAGCAACAACAUGCCUUCUUCAUUCCACAACUGGGUCCUGCACCAAAGUGGUGUUCAUUCUUGGAUAAUAUGGUUGAAGAAAUGGCAGAGGAAGCACCAAGUGAAACUUACGAUAAUUACAAGUUCUUGACAGUACCAGAACUCAAAGCUCUCAACCUGGGCCAUCUCAUCGGAACUACCAAUCUCUUACGACCAUAUAUGCAUGGUUACUUUGUGGCAUCUAAACUUUACGAGCAAGCCAGGUUGAUUGCUAAUCCAUAUGUCUGGGAAGACGAGAGAACCAAACGAGUCAAGGAGAAGGUUGAGAAGGAGCGAGCCAGUAGAAUCAGAGGUGGCAAGAAGGUUAAGGUCAACCAGAACUUGGUCGAUAAAGUACUCAAGAGACAAGAGCGUAGGGAGAAGGUUGAUGAGAAUGCUGGUGUCUUGGGUGAUUCUCGUUUCGGCAAGCUUUUCGAGGACGAAGACUUCGCUAUUGAUGAGCGUAGCAGAGAAUUCCAAGCUCUCAACCCUAGUACUAGGGUCUCCGGUGGUGGCGAGGAGAACAAACAGCGCAAGGUCAAUAGUGAGGAUGAAUCGAGCGAUGAUGAAGAUGAGAUUGUAUCGAAGCCUAAGCCAGCUGCUGAGAUGCGUAUAUCUUCCUCGUCUUACAAGAAAUCGGGUCAUCAACGUAAAGAUAAUGCUUUGGGAGCCCGCAAACAAGGCACUGGUCGGGUUAGCAAAAACAGGGGCGAUGUUGUUGGUGAGCGUUCAGUCACAUUCGCUCCUGCUGGUAAAAAAGAUAAAGAGAAGACGGAAGCCAAGCCUGCCAACAGCAGGAGUAGACGCGAAGAUGCAAGACGAAGCGCCAGUGGGAACGUUUUCAGAAGAUUGUAA